CUUCACUCCAGCAGCCAUCAUCACCUUACCGAGCCUCGAAGUUCAGGUCUUGAUUGGCACCUAGUCCAUACGCCAUCUUAGUCAAUCCCGGUCUCCUCACCGCACCUACAAACCCACAAUGUCUUUCCAGAAGCCCGAGAAGGAAUUCGGCGAGGGCCCUAAGGUCCACAAGAUCCGUAUCACCCUCACCUCGCGCAAGGUCGCCUCGCUCGAGAAGGUGUGCCAGGAGCUGAUCGACCGAGCCCGCUCCAAGUCCCUCCACGUCAAGGGACCUGUCCGUCUUCCCACCAAGACCCUCACCAUCUCUACCCGUAAGACCCCCAACGGUGAGGGUUCUAAGACCUGGGAUAAGUACGAAAUGCGUAUCCACAAGCGUCUUAUCGACCUCCUUGCCCCCACCGAGACCGUCAAGCAGAUCAUCAUCAACAUUGAGGCCGGUGUUGAGGUUGAGGUCACUAUUGCCGCAUAGAUGUCUCUCUAGAAGGCAUAUUUCCGGCAGGGUCGGAUCAGGGAAUGUGGAUACCCUGGGGUUUGCGCAUGCCAUGCUAUAAAUGCGUGGUUUGUCUCAACUUUGGGACUCUUGUUGAGUCGAUGUCUACGUCGGUAUUCGCUAGAACCUGUUCCAAAUGGAAAAGAAAAAAUGAACAAAUUUACAUGGGCU